AUGGUUGAUUUCAUUAUCAGUCCAGUUGAUAAUGAAACCAGAAAAGCUAUGGCAGAAUUUAGUGAGAACCAUCAGCUGUUAACAUGUCAUGAACAUCUUUCAUCAGAUGUUUUCUACAGAGAAGCCCUGACAGAAUCUGAGCUGGGAAUUUACACCAUGCUUAAACUCCAUCAACAUAUCCUGACUUACUUGUUCAUCAUUGAAGAGAUUAACAAGAAUCCCAAGCUCUUACCCAAUAUCAGCCUUGGCUUCCAUGUGUUUGAUGAUUACUUUAAUAACCAGAUCACAUACCAAAAUACCAUUAAUCUACUCUCCAGUGGGGACAGAAGAAUCCCUAAUUAUAGAUGUGAGAGGCAGGACCACCUCCUAGCCAUCAUUGGGGGACUCACCUCUGAAACCUCCAUUGCCAUGGCAACUGUCUUGGGCAGCUACAAGAUUCCACAGAUCAGCUAUGGUUCCUUUGCUCCUGAAUUGAGUGACAAAUUUCAAUACCCCUUUUUAUAUCGGACGGUUCCUAACCACCACCUUCAGUUAUCAGGGAUAGUGCAAUUACUUCUGCAUUUUCAGUGGAAUUGGAUUGGGAUUAUUUCUUUUGAGAAUGAAGCUGAAGAUUAUUUUCUUCAGAGUAUUACAGCCUUGUUCACCCACCAUGACAUUUGUACUGAUUUCAUACUAAGAUUACCAUAUAUGACUUUUGGUGAGAAACAUGAUGAGCUCAUAUUCACACAAACUAUGCACUAUGAACAAUUGAUCAAGAGCAGUGCAACUGUUGUUGUUAUCUCUGGUGAUUGUUAUGCCUACUUAUUCUAUCCAUUUAUUCCAAGUGGGAAAGUGUGGAUCUCAACGGCCCAGUGGGAUUUCACGGCAGCAUAUGUAUCAGAGAAGUUCCAUGGUGCUUUCUCCUUCUCGGUUCAUUCUAAAGAGGUGCCAGCAUUCACGGAAUUUCUCAAAAACAUGGAGCUUGGGUCGACUGAAAGUGAUUGCAUUAUUCAGAGGUUUUGGCAAAGUAUAUUCACCUGCUGGACACCAAUAUGUAUUUACGCUAUAUCCAAUUCCAAAUGUACAGGAAAUGAAAAGCUAGAAGAUGUGUCUGAACAUUUUGAAUUGAGCAUGAGCGCCCAGAGCUACAGUAUCUAUAAUGCUAUUCAUGUUGUGGCUCAUGCUUUACAUGAUAUGCUUUCAUCAAGCUCCAAUGAUAGAGUAAAGGAGAAUGGAGACAAACUGAAUAGAUGGAAUCAGCAGCCUUGGGAGCUUCACCCAUACUUAAGCAAUGUCCGGUUUAACAAUAGUGCCACAGAUGAGGUGUUUUUUGACAAGAAUGGGGAAUCUGCAACAGGAUAUGACAUUAUCAAUUGGAGCAUUUUACGAAAUAAAACAUUUACAAAAAUGCAAGUGGGAAGAAUGGAUCCCCAGGCACCUGCUGGCAAAAAGUUUAAGAUUGAUGAGAACCUAAUUCAGUGGGGGACUCAAUUUAAGCAGAAAAUCCCAACUUCUACAUGUAAUGAGCACUGCUCUCCAGGAUACAGUAAGGUUGUUCUAGAGAAGACACCAAUUUGCUGUUAUGAUUGUUUGUCAUGUACAGAGGGGACCAUUUCCAAGCAGACAGAUGCCAAGACAUGUGAACAGUGUCCAGUCAAUGUAUACCCUAACAAACAGAAGACUCAAUGCAUCCCUAAGGUUAUAACCUUUCUAUCCUAUGAAGAACCUCUGGCAACUAUUUUGGUUUUCUUUGCCGUUCUGUUUUCCUUGAUGACUCUUUUGAUUCUGGGGAUUUUCAUUAAGUAUAGCAAUACACCCAUAGUCAAAGCCAACAACCAGGAAUUGACCUAUGUUCUUCUCAUCACCCUCAUGCUCUGUUUUCUCUGCUCAUUCCUAUUCGUCGGAAGGCCUGGGAAGAUAUCCUGUCUUCUUCAACAAACAGCUUUUGGCAUCGUCUUUACAAUGGCUGUUUCAUGUGUGCUGGCAAAGACCAUCAUUGUACUUCUGGCUUUCAUGGCUACAAAACCAGGAAGCAAAAUAAGAGGAUGGGGAGGAAGGAGAUUAUCAGUAUCCAUUGUCCUUUCCUGUUCUCUUAUUCAAGCUGGGAUCUCUGCAGUUUGGCUCAGAACCUCUCCCCCAUUCCCAGAACUUGACAUGCACUCACAGCUUGGAUACAUCAUUAUGCAAUGUAAUGAAGGCUCACUCCCCAUGUUUUACAGUAGUCUGGUUUUCAUGGGUCUUUUGGCUGUGGCCAGUUUUGUUGUGGCUUUUCAUGCAAGGAAUCUGCCAGACAUUUUUAACGAGGCCAAGUUUAUCUCCUUCAGCAUGAUGAUAUUUUGCAGUGUGUGGGUAUCAUUUGUUCCAACCUACCAAAGCACCAAAGGCAAAUACAUGGUGGCUGUGGAGAUCUUCUCCAUCUUGCUCUCUAUGGCAGGACUACUCACUCUAAUAUUUUUUACUAAGUGCUAUAUUAUUGUUGUAAGGCCUGAUCUGAACACCAGGAAGGAGUUAAGGAAGAAAACAAUCUCCAGUGAAUGA